GGAGGAGAAGAAAAGAAGGGGGGAAGAAGAAGGAGAAGCACCAGAAGGAGCAGAAGGAAGAGGAGGAGGAGAAGGAGAAAAAGGCCGAAGGAAGAGAAAACACCUGCGGGAAAGAUGCCUCCUUCCGGACCGCCCGCCCCUCCCUCCCUUGGAGACCUGCCUGAGCUGGACCUGCCUGUGCCGGCCCUGCCUGAGCUGGACCUGCCUCCGGAUGUCCUCGCCUUCGUGGCAAGAGGUAUUGUUCUUAUGCUCAUUCGAUUGGUUGAGGACGAGGGCUCCAUUCCUUCUGACGGAGAGGAUGGUGACCCCGACUUCAUCUAUUCAGAUGAGGCGAGGGCUCCAUCUCUUCUGAUGGAGAGGAUGGUGACCCCGACAUCUUCUCUUGGAUGAAGAUGAGAGCUCUGCCUCUUCGACGGAGAGGAUG